GAUGUGAAUGUGUUUGAUGUGGAUGUCAUGUUAUGCUACACAUUGUGCUGCUGAUGUAACGGGUCCUUCCUCCUCUCCCUGUCAGACAAUGUGUGGUGCAGCCGGCCUCUGCUCCAGCCCUCGCCGCUGAUCUACCCGCGACCCCAGCACCCCGCUCCUCGGGGCAGGAGCUCCCACAUCUUCUCCAAGUCCAAAGAGAGCCGGCCCUACCUGAAGUUUCCACAGUUCAAGGCCAGAGCUCUCGACAGGACGGGAGAGCCGCAGAGUUUGAUGACCCUCGGACCCAAGUCUCCGCUGGACUCGGAGAGCGUGGCGCUGGGAAUCCUGAAGGAGAUGGCGGUGAAGUGGUUCGCGGAGACCCAGGCCGAGCUUCUCCUGCACACCGGCCGCUUGCCCGAAUGGUUCCACGGCUUUGUCCUGAGGAAGGAAGCGGAGAAACUCCUGCAGAAUAAAGGCCUUGGCCACUUCCUCAUCCGCCUGAGUGACAGAGCGACUGGCUACAUAUUGUCCUACAGGGGCAGUGACCGUUGCCGCCACUUUAUGAUUCACCGGCUGAAGGACGGACGAUACAAGAUCGACGGCAGUAACCACACUCACCGCGGUCUGGCUGCACUAAUUGAUUACUACAUGACUGAGGCCAUUCAGCCCUUUGGGGAGGUCCUCACCCAAGCCUGCCAUCAGUGUGACGGCAGUGACGUGUACGACCACAUCGGCAUUUCCACCUCGUCAGGCAGCUCGUGCUGGUCAGAGCUGGGGGUCCGAGAGGUGGCAGGAUGGAGACCACUAGCCGGCUGCCCCCAGCCCCGCCAACGGGAUGCCCCCAAGGAGAGGCAGCGCAGGAGACCACCCGCUAUCCCCCCCAAAGCCAGCAGGAUGUCCAACAGCAAGAAGAUGGCCACCUUGAUCAACAUCCCCAGCAGCUGUGAGGUUGUUUCAUCCACCCCCACGUUUCCAGACGAGGCGAGCCGGUUGUUUGGGGAUGUAAACCAGGUGGAGGCCAAAUAUGGACAAGUGCAGAGGUCCGGGUGCAGGAAGCCACGAGUCCCAGCGUUGGGCGAAGGGGCGGCGGGCUGGACAUCAGUGACCACCCCACUGCCCAGUGACCAGAGCAAGGACAGGAGGCUCCCGCACCCACAGUGGGAGCCCAAUGAUGUGAUCUACUCACUGGCCGUGGAGCCGCUGCCGAGACACAACCAGCCGUUGGCGAGUGAGGCGGUGGACGUUGUGUACACGGAGGUGCGAGUGGGUCAGUGGCGGGAGGUCACAGGGUCAGUGGCCCCGGACACUCCCCCCCGCCUGGCCCCCAACAUCAACGCCAGAGUGAAGCCCCCAUCCUCCCCACACAAGGCGGGAGUGAACCCGAGACCGACAUCACACCCACCCCUCCCUCACCCCCCCAACCUCACAGCCUCACGGAGCGGCAACAUGUCCUCAGUCUCCACGGACAACACCUACCAACACGUGCCUGUGGUUCCAGCAAAGCGGCAUCAGGCAAAGCAAGACAAGGAUGAAUCACGUAAAAGGUGGUUCUCGGACUGGAAGUGCAGGUGAAGGAAGGAGACCCACAAUUACGCAUCGGACAAACGAGGGACCAGUGGGAGAGUGGUCCAGAGCCAUGGAGAGGUGUUCAGUAACCUCCUGAUCCCUGCUGCCCCACGUAUCCACACCACUGCUAAGAACAGUCCUACAUUGACACUAACCCUGCAUCCUGCCUGUGCUUCAGACUCUGUCACCAAUCCUUGAAACCUUUGCAGAUGUCACAAUAAGCUGUCAUUAAUAUGAACGUGGUUUACUCACUGAUUAGUGAGUUACCACUUUGUCACUUUGUCACAUUAUAUGAGCCCUUAGUUUAGAGAUACAGCGCAGAAACAGGCCCUUCGGCCCAUCGAGUCUGCGCCGACCAGCGAUCCCCGCACAUUAACACUAUCCU